CUUACCGAACAUAAUAGAAUACAGGAGUCUGUCUCCGUAAUAAAGCGUAGGAACAACAUGCUUGGAGUUCCUCUUUGUUCAAUCGGGCUGCUACUUAUUGCCCUCAUUCACACCGCUGUAACCAAAAACCACCUCGUGGUGGGGGGAGUGGGUCACACAGUUAUCCUGCCCUGCGUCUCUCAUUUGGAGGGAUCCUGCUCCGACAUACAAUGGUCUCAUAACACGAAAAGUGGUAGUACCCUUGUCGGUAGUAUCUCCAGAAGAGAAGCAGCGAACACUGGUAGAUUUAACAUUUGGUCAGAUUGUUCUUUACACAUCAACAACAUCACCAAAGUCGAUGUUGGAGGCUGGAGCAUAUUGGUGCAGUACAGAUCCGGAUGAUUUGCAAAUUCUGUCUCUAAUUACUGUUUCCUCCCAGCCGCGGUCUAACCGGUUGCCCGGAGCCAAUGUUACCUUAAGCUGUAGUCUGGUCACGUACCAGGGACCUGAUCAGCGUUUCAGCUCUCUGUAUCGAGGUUUGUCUCUCAAGUGGCAGGAUGAUAACCGACCGGACAACAUGCUCGCCGGACAGUCGGGCACCGAAUGUGAAGUCUGGCUGAGGGUCAACAUUCAGCCUGGCAGCCGCUUCAGCUGCCUGGCUUUGGUCAAACACCAGGUCCAGAGCAGGGUGGAGUUCCCCGUCCGUAUCCGAGUUAAGGGAAGAGGCCUUCCCAUGCCUAAAUUAGAAAAUGACGAACAAGACUGGGGCGGUGUCAACAACAGCCAGCUGAUCAUCUCUGUGGCAGUGGUGGGCUGUGCCAUGAUGGUGGUGCUUGCUCUGAUCGUAGUGUGGAAGAAGAAGAAGAGGAAACCAAAUGACCAGCUUGUUGCCUGUCCAGAGACUCCCUUGCAUGUUAACACUGGGAUCAAUACGGAUGGGGCCGCCACUGCAGAGGAUGUCACCUACGCUGACUUAACGCUUGCUGGCAUGGCGGACAGGAAGUGGGAGACAGAGAAUGAAGACACCGUUUAUGCUGGCAUACAACCCAUCGGUCGCGAUAAUGUUUGAUUGGCAUUACCUGGUAACACAAACCGGCCUAUGACAGGUUACUCAUACAAUAGCAUCGAUUAGCCAAUAGAGGAGUAUUUGAGUCCAUGUUUACAUCUUAUCCUACGUUUUUAAAACUGCAUGUAAUAUGUGCUAUGGUCCAUGAUCAGUCCAUAUUUAGUAAUAAUAAUUAAUCAAAUUUAAGAAUAUAUAUCUAUUAGGGCCACGUUGAUAAAAGGUAAAGUCAAACUAUUCUCGAAUUGAAGUCAUACUACAAUUUUGAGAAUAAAGUUGAAUGAAUUGAAAUAUUAUGAGAAUAAACAUUGUCAUAUUAUGAGAAUAAAGUGGUAGUUCUAGUCUGUGUGUGUUUUUUUAUAAGACAUAUCAGACGAGUCUACUCCCCGGCAUUAAAAUGAGGAACGUGGAGCAUCUUGUGAAGUUGUACUACAGUAUAGGUUUCACAAAUAAGGAAAUACUUGAUCUUUUGGCCCGUCAGCACCGCGUUUUCAUAUAUAUACAUAUAUAUUUGGGUUAGAUCAUAGCUAUAUAUCACACUCCACAGGCCCCUUGCCACACCACAGGCCCCUGCUCCAGGGCUGCAGCUGAAUGCUAUUGCUAUGCUAUGCUAAUGCUAUGCUUUUUUUGGCCAAUUGAAGUGUAGGCCUACUUCUUCAAUGAGUUAAGUAAACGAUUGUGAUACUGUUCACAUCCACUUACAAAUGUUUAAAAGUUAAAAUGUUUAAGAUGAGAAAGAAUUGUGAAAUGAGAUGAGGGGUAUAUAGGGGUUUAAAGGGAAAUGGGGGGCGAUAACCGAUAUGUUGUAGGUAUGCGUAUGCAUUAUGUACGCCUACACAUUAUAGUUUUUCAGAACGAUACAGCUAUAUUGCUGAUAAAAAAUGUUUUACACAAAAUGCAUGCACCACAAAGAAUAUUAAAAUAACUAGAACCAUUAUCCUCAAAUAAAUACAUCUAACUUAUAUGGGAAUGUCAGGAUUUUCAGUAUGGUAAUGAAUGUUUUUGCAAUGAAUCCCUUGAUUUUGGUGUGGACAUUAAAUGUGGGACAUCCCUGAAACUAUAAAA